AAAUGCUUCGGAGUCUUACGCUUGUUACUUCUUCUUCCCUCAUCUCUAAUCCUUUAUUUUCUCUGUCUCCCAAGUUUCCCAACUCUUUUUCUCAUCUUUAUUUUCCUUUCCCUCAAACCAAGCGAUCCAUUUCGCUUCACACACGCCCCAUGAACAUCCUUAAAAAUCUCGGCUUCGGAGCCAACAGCAAGCCAGCCCCGUCAAUGGAGGAUUCCUCCAUUGCUCAGGGUCCAGACGAAGACGUGCCCGCUCCUGGUCAACAGUUUGCUCAGUUUGGUGCAGGUUGCUUUUGGGGAGUUGAAUUGACGUUCCAGAGAGUUCCAGGAGUGACCAAAACGGAGGUUGGGUAUAGCCAAGGGUUUAUGCAUAAUCCCAGUUAUGAAGACGUGUGUUCGGGGACUACCAACCAUAAUGAAGUUGUUAGGGUUCAGUAUGACCCUAAAGAGUGUAACUUUGACACUUUGCUUGAUGUGUUCUGGGAUUUCCAUGAUCCUACUACCCCCAACCGACAGGGGAAUGAUGUGGGAACACAAUACAGAUCUGGUAUAUACUUUUACACCCCAGAGCAGGAGAUGGCGGCACGUGAGUCCAUGGAAAAACGACAGAAACUCUUGAACAGAAAGAUUGUUACCGAGAUUCUGCCUGCCAAGAAGUUCUAUCGCGCAGAGGAAUAUCACCAGCAGUACCUUGCAAAAGGAGGUCGGUUCGGUUUUAAACAAUCAGCUGAGAAAGGGUGCAACGAUCCAAUCCGAUGCUACGGCUGAGUUCUCACCACUCUAUGCAGCUUUUAGCUUAUGGUUGUUUAUAGUUUUCUGUCUUUCACUAGCAUAUUGUACCUUUAAACCUCCUCUUUUUAAAAUUGAAAUUGGAAUGAAUGCCUGCUGAUUUAUGUAGUUACUGAACAGGGGUUUGUAAUUA